GCUGCCCGGCUGAAAACUCGGCGCCGCGGCGGAUGCGGCGGCUCUCGGCAGCGCGGCGGAGGCGAAGAUGGUGGCGGCUCCGUGCGCCCGCCGGCUGGCGCGGCGCUCCCGCUCGGCGCUGGUGGCGGCGCUCACCGUGCUGCUGCUGCAGACCCUCCUCGUCUGGAAUUUCACCUCCCUCGACGCCGGCGAGGAGCAGCAGCGCGGAGGGGCCGGUCGAGAGAAGAGAGACCGCGGCGGUGCUGCCGGCGGGGAGAACCGGGAGCACCCGCAGCGCCGCGGAGCCGGCGCCCUGCACGGCAAGGCCAUGGAUGGCUAUUUUUCCCACCGACCGAAAGAGAAAACGCGAACGGACAGCAAUAAUGAAAAUUCAGUCCCCAAGGACUUUGAAAACAUUGAUAACAGUAACUUUGCUCCCAGGACUCAGAGACAAAAACACCAGUCUGAGCUGGUGAAAAAACCCCUAAGCAAGCAAAAGGAGCAUCUGAGAAAGAAACUGGAAGAGGAGAAAGUGAAGGAGAACUCACUGCUGGAAAAGAGCUCCAAUGAGGUGGUGCAAUUGGGCGAUCAGCCUGGGAAAAACAACAGCAGCAACAGCAACCUGAAGGACAUGCAGAGGCCUCCCAGGCAGCAUCAUCUCACAAAAAGCGGAAACAGCUCCCCUGAAGUGCGAUACGACCAGCCGCCAAAGUGCGAGGUAACGGGCAAAGAGGCAAUCUCAGCCAUGUCCCGGGCUAAGUCGAAGCAGUGCCGACAGGAGAUCGCAGAGGUAUACUGCCAGCACAAGCACGGGAAGCUGAUGCCGGAGAAGGUGACACGUUUCUGUGCGCUGGAGGGAAAAGCCAACAACAAUGUGCAGUGGGAUGAGGACUCCGUAGAGUACAUGCCAGCCAACCCAGUCAGGAUCGCAUUUGUCUUGGUUGUUCAUGGCAGAGCUUCUCGGCAGCUCCAACGCAUGUUUAAGGCUAUUUACCAUAAAGACCAUUUUUAUUACAUUCAUGUUGACAAGCGAUCCAAUUACUUACACCGACAAGUGCUCCAGUUUGCUAACCAGUACCCAAAUGUGAGAGUCACUUCUUGGAGAAUGGCAACUAUCUGGGGAGGAGCAAGCCUUCUGUCUACCUACCUGCAGAGCAUGAGGGACUUAAUGGAGAUGAAUGACUGGCCAUGGGAUUUCUUCAUUAACCUCAGCGCUGCCGACUACCCAAUCAGGACAAAUGACCAGCUGGUAGCAUUCCUGUCUAGAUACCGUGAUAUGAACUUCUUGAAGUCACACGGCAGGGACAAUGCAAGAUUUAUUCGAAAACAGGGACUGGAUCGGCUUUUCCUGGAGUGCGAUACGCACAUGUGGCGCCUGGGGGACCGGAAGAUCCCAGAGGGAAUUGCUGUCGAUGGAGGGUCGGACUGGUUUCUUCUCAACAGAAAGUUUGUGGAGUAUGUGACUUUUUCCAACGAUGAUCUUGUAACAAAGAUGAAGAGGUUUUAUUCUUACACAUUGCUGCCUGCUGAGUCCUUCUUUCACACUGUUCUGGAAAAUAGCCCAUACUGUGACUCCAUGGUGGACAACAAUCUGCGCAUCACAAACUGGAAUCGUAAACUUGGCUGCAAGUGUCAGUACAAGCACAUCGUUGACUGGUGCGGCUGUUCACCUAAUGACUUCAAACCAGCAGACUUCCACAGAUUCCAGCAGACUGCCAGGCCGACUUUCUUUGCCCGCAAAUUUGAAGCUGUGGUCAAUCAGGAGAUAAUUGGCCAGCUGGAUUAUUACCUGUAUGGCAACUACCCGUCUGGCACCCCCGGCCUCCGGGCGUACUGGGAGAACGUGUACGACGAGCCUGAUGGCGUGCACACCCUCAGCGACGUUGCGCUCACCAUGUACCACGCAUUCUCCCGCCUGGGCCUGCGGAGAGCCGAGACUUCAUUUCACACUACUGGAGACAACAGCUGCCGAUACUAUCCCAUGGGCCACCCAGUUUCCGUCCACCUUUACUUCCUUGCUGACCGUUUCCAAGGUUUCCUAAUUAAACACCAUGCCACCAACCUGGCUGUCAGCAAACUAGAGACUUUGGAAACGUGGGUAAUGCCAAAGAAAGUCUUUAAGAUCGCAAGUCCACCCAGUGAUUUUGGAAGGUUACAGUUCUCAGAGAUCGGCACCGAGUGGGACGCCAAGGAAAGGCUUUUCCGGAACUUUGGAGGACUGCUUGGGCCAACAGAUGAGCCAGUUGGCAUGCAGAAAUGGGGGAAAGGCCCCAACGUCACCGUUACUGUCAUUUGGGUGGAUCCAGUCAAUGUAAUAGCAGCAACGUAUGAUAUUCUUAUUGAAUCCAGUGCAGAAUAUACUCACUACAAACCACCUUUGAAUUUGCCCCUGCGACCUGGUGUCUGGACAAUAAAAAUUCUGCACCACUGGGUACAGGUAGCUGAAACCAAAUUCCUCGUUACUCCUCUCACCUUCUCAAAUCGGCAGCCUAUCAAACAAGAAAAAGGAAUCGCCUCCAUCUCCUAUAGCUUGGAUGAGCAGCAUGGGCAGUAAACAAGGAUGAGAAUUUAUUACUUUCUCCUGCGAACUCUUCAGCAGAGACUUAGAGGGUUCUGAGUUGAAUCCUCAGAAUUUCCUGUUGAUGCGUAGCUCUGCACUCUGACUGCCAUUAACCAGCUCCUCUACAGGACGUGCAGACACCUAACUUUGGGUAUUCGCUCUGCUGUGGGGACAGGCAGUCCCCUUCUAGUAUUGUGUCAGGGUUUCAUAAUUUGUUUCACAUCAGGGAAGGACAUGUUCUCUGUGUGCAGUUAUGGCCCAUAACACACUGAAAAACACUGUGGUUUGUUUCUUCUAAGUACUAUCCCCGGCGGUCUUUCCUUCUCCUAUCUGCUGAUAAUAUUUGUUUGUUGUUUUUCAAAAAACUUUCCCUUCAUUUCCAUUACGCACUUCUUGCUGUUGUCUCUGCGGGCAUGUCCUUGCAGCGCGGCUGGUUCUGGAGCAGAGCGCAGCGGUCACUUGGUGGUGCAGAGCAAAGCAGUGUGCUGGGGGAGAAGUCUGGCAUGUCUGACACAAUUACAGCAACAGCAAAAUGAAGACAUUUACAUGUGUUGAAGAUGCUGAGGUUAUCACCCUUAGAUUCGCAAGAGCAGCCCCCUGAUCUUAAGCAGCAGGGGCCACAGAGAAAAGAUCAUCUCCUGCUGCAUCGCCAGCACUGGGUCCUACAGCUUCUGUUGGUUUCAGUCCUGAUAAUCCACAAAGUCCCAAUGCUGAGCAAGUUCUGUUUCAUCCCAUUAUUUGUCUGGAAAAACAUCUCUCUUGUUCCAGGCAGAAAACACAUGCACAACAGCCUUUAAUUCAACAAGCUCUCUGAAUUGCUGAUUUCAAUCAGAUGAUCCUGCUAGUAAUGCCAACUCUUAUUUAUUUGGGGAUUUUUACUUAUAAUGUUCCUAUUUAAUUAAUAUGUUGACAAACAGUCUUCCAUAUGUAAUUGCUUCCAAAGGAGGAAAUUUAAUCAUGUGUACUUGUUCUGUUUCUUAAACUGCAGUGCUCUGGCAGAGCGCACUUCUGACACAUGUGCAUGGAACAAACUCCUUUUGACUAGCGGUUAUUCUGGAUAAAAGAAAAAAAAAACACAUUUAAAACAAAACUAAAAAAGGUGGGUUUGAUGAAUGCAGGAACAAUUAACCAGUGUAUAAUGGUGAUGGGAAUCUGCUGAACUAAUUUAAUAGGGGAUUUGAAGUAAUGGACUUGCGCAGUAUUUGACAUUAAAAACUUUGCAAAUGUAACAGAAAAGCUCCAAUUAAAUGUCCCUUUUCCCUCUAAAUAAAUGUACUGAUUUAUUGCCAGU